AUGGACUUUCUCUAUCCUGGGAAGCGUGAUUCCGAUACUACCGAAAUACCUAGAAGCUUCAGCAAGAUUAAAGAAAAGAUGUCUUUACGUAUUGCAGGAUUUGAAACAGCUAUAGCCCCUACGAUACCAUUGACAAACAAAGAAGCUCUAGGGAAAUAUGAUCCAUUCAAUCCGAGCAAAAAGACCAUCAAGAAGGGAUACCGCCAAUCAGAGGAUGUCGCCACAUUCCAGGUCGAUACUAUCUUCGAAAAGGACUAUGCUAUUCCUCUGCGAGAUGGGGUGAAGAUCUACGUCGAUAUAUUCCGACCGACUGGGAACGAAAAGGUUCCUGCCAUUGUGAUCUGGAGCCCGUAUGGAAAGUCUGGUAAUGGCCCCAAUAGUCUAGACAUGCUUCCAGGACGCUUCGGAGUUCAGAAAGAUCGCCUUAGUGGAUACGAAAAGUUCGAAGGCUUGGAUCCGGCUGAAUGGGUGGCGAAAGGAUAUGCGAUCGUUAACGUAGACUUGAGAGGCUCAUGGGACUCUGAGGGUGUUGUUCCGUGGUUAGGCGAACAGGAUGGAAAGGACGGGUACGAUGCAAUUGAGUAUAUUGCUCAGCUUGACUGGUGCACCGGCAAGGUCGGUACUGCUGGCAACAGCUGGCUUGCCAUGUCCCAAUGGUUCAUCGCUGCGCAGCAACCACCGCAUCUCGCAGCAAUUGCUCCAUGGGAAGGUGCGGCUGACUUUUACCGUGACACACUAGCUCGAGGUGGAGUACCCUACCCCUAUGAUACGAUGUGGGGAUUCCUUCAAAAUACCCAAGUGUCGCGUAAUGGCGUCGAAGGCGUCAUUCAGAUGUUGGAGAGAUACCCGCUUUACAAUGAGUAUUGGGAGGAUAAGCGAGCCAAGGUGGACAAAAUAACGGUGCCGGCUUACGUGCUUGCAAGCUACUCGAGUGCGCUUCAUACAACGGGAUCUAUUCGUUCUUUCAAUGAGCUAGCAUCUAAGGAUAAAUGGUUACGAAUUCAUCCUAGACAGGAAUGGUCAGACCUUUAUAAAGAGGAAAACACCGUGGAGCUGGAUCGGUUCUUCGCCCAUUUCCUCAAAGGGGUUGAAAAUGACUUCACUCAAGUACCAAAAGUCCGAGUUUCGUUCUUAGGUUUCAACAAAGACUAUGAGGAGAAUAUUGUCUUCCCCGAAUAUCCGAUACCUCAAGCCAAAUAUACAAAAUUCUAUCUUGGGAAAGAUUCAAAGCUUCACGAAGAGCCCUCAGACGAGAUUGGUACUCUUUCUUAUGAUGGAAGCUAUUUCCCAAAGCAAGACGACAACGACCUGGAAGAAAUCUUAUUCAGCCACAAAUUCACUAAGCCGACAUGGUUAGCUGGCUAUUCAUGGCUUGUCAUUCACGUCUCGAACGCCACCGAAGACGAUUUCGACGUCUUUGUGCAGGUUAGGAAACUAGAUGCAGUGGGAAAACUUGUCCAGAAUAUGAACGUACCACUGAAAGACUUUGUUCCACCAGUCUCGGACCCUUCAGAGGUACACAACUCGUGUUUCCUCAAAUAUCUUGGGGCGCCCGGAACAUUGAGGGCUAGUCAUGCCGUCAGUAAGAUCCCAACUUCAGAUAAAAGGCUUGGGGACUGGCCAGAGUACUCCCACACGAAGAGAGAAUCGAUUGUUCCUGGAACUAUCACUCGGCUUGAAGUGCCCGUCUGGCCCACUGGAAUCAUUUUUGACGCAGGUGAAUCCCUCGUCGUGAAAAUUGCGGGUCACUAUAUGGGUAUGAUGGAGUUUGACUCAAUGGCGGGAAAAUCGCAUCACAACAAAGGCAUACAGACUCUUCAUUUUGGCGGUAAAUAUGACAGUCAUUUGGUUGUGCCACUAUUGGAUCCAGUCAAGAACUAG